CAUAUUAUUAUUCACCCGCCGACAUCAUGGCGGCAAUAACGUGGGUAAGAAGUGCAUCUGCGAAACUAUUCUAUCGUAAUUUAGCACCAUGCAUGUGGAAUAUUCAAAAAGCUGAUUUUGCGAAACCAUCUGGAGUGGCUGGAUUGGGAUCUAAAAAGGCCGGCAAACUCGGAAAAUUGGGCCCCGUUGCAGAAAAGAUAGUGUUACCGGUUGAAACAGAUCCAGAAAAACUUGUCAAAUAUGUAUGUGGUAGCAAUAUCUUAAAACAGGGUCAAGAUGUUGAGUUGAAGCCAGACAGUGAAUAUCCCGACUGGCUGUGGUCACUAAGACUAACUAAACCUCCUCCAUUGGAAGAAAUGGACCAAAACAGUAUCCAGUAUUGGAGACGGCUCAGGAAACUUAAUAUUCAGAGACAAUCCCGUUUAAUGAAGCUGAGGAAAUACUGAAAAUAGCCCCAAGUAUUUUAGACUUUCAUGUUGAUUUUCAAAUAAAAACUUAAAUGCCCC